CCGCGGCCGCGGGCGGGCCCGCGAUUGGAGCGUUCGUACCCUCCCGGCGGGCACGGCGGAGGCGGGAUGGCGGCGGAGCGGCUGCGGGUGGCGCUCGGGGCAUGGCGGCUGCGGGACCUGGCGGCGGUGUGGGUGGACACGGUGUGGGAUCUGGAUUUCACGGAGACUGAGCCUCUGGAUUCCUUGAUAGCAGAGGAGAUCACAGCUGACGGGCUCGACACCUUUACCAGCCUGUACAGUGCUCUGUCAUCAUUUGCUGCUCAGGACCCGGAGAACAGAGAGAAUAUCUGGACCGUGCUUGCUGAGAACAGCCUGUCCCACCAGGCUCUGGUGGCCGUGCUCCAUCACUUUGUGCACGCGGGGCAGCACAAGAGAGCAGGUGCACAGCAGAGGGUUUAUGGUCUGCACGCAGCUGGGCUGUACUUCCUGCUGCUGGAGAUCCCAGGCAGCAUCGGUAACCGACUGUUCCAUGAAGUGAUGUUUGAUAAGUGCCUUUACACCCUGACAAAGUGUUGGCCUCAAGAACUGAAGAAAAGAAAGAAGAUUCAUGCUCAAAGCUCUCAGACCAAUCCAGGAAGGAAUAGAAAGAAAGGAAAACGACACAGGAAUGUCAACUCCAGUAUGGAAGAGAUAUUGGAAGAGGAGGAGGAGGAAGAGAACGAUGAAAAUGUUUACUUUUCAACAGAAGAUCUUCUUCAAGUCCGCAAUGCAAUCUUCCUUCUUUUGAAAAACUUCUUGAGGCUUCUGCCCAAGUUCUCCCUAAAAGAAAAGCCUCAAUGUUUGCAGAACUGCCUGCAGGUCUUUGUGGAAAUGACAAGCUUUGAGCCAGUGGUGCACGAGUUCCAGUUUUCAUCAGCAAUGGAUGUUAAUAAAGCCAAGUACAUUCCUGAGCUGGCCUAUUAUGGACUGCACUCACUGUGUUCCCCUGUCCACAGUACAGAAGAUAAGACUCUCCGCUGUGUCUUCCAGAAAAUCCUCAAUGUCAUUCUGAUGGUGGAAAGUCGUGGGGGUUCCAGACACGAAGUCCUUCCCAUCACAUCAGCUGUGACCAGUGCCAGGAAUCAGGCUGUAAAAUUCAUCAGUUCUCUGGUAGAUGAGCUGAAAGAAGCUGUAUUUCCUGUUCUUCGAAUAUUACUGCAACAUAUCUGUAUCAAGGUCCCAGAUAAGGCUGAUUAUCGCACAUACGCUGCACAGGCCCUGGUGACUCUGCUGAAUAAACUGCCUUGUGUGGAGUUUGCUGAAUUCAUCUCUUGGCUGUAUAAAUACUCACUUAACAGAACUUCCUACAGAGUGUUUGCUCUUGAUGUGGCCUUAGCUUUGCUGGAGGUGCCAGAGAGGAACCCGGAUGACUCCUUGUCCCUGGAUCAGCAGAAGUUUCUGAAGCACAAGUUCCUAGUGCAGGUCAUGGUGUUCGGCCGCUGCUCGGACAAAGCCCCCUCGGUCCGGAGCAAAGCUCUGAGCAGCUUUGCCCACUGCCUUGACAUGAAGGCUGCUGCUGCCUUGCAGAGCAUCCAGGACUUACUCCAGAGCUCCUCUGUCCAUACUGUGCUGGAAGCGAACACAAACACUGCGAGCGUGACAGUCAGUGCUGAAGCUGUAUCCAACCAUCCACAGAAGACCUUACCUACUUUCAGAAGUAUUGAGCUGACAGACAGCAGCAGCGCUGCUGUGCUUGAUGGAAAAGAAGUCAUGGCCAUGCUGAGAGUGAGAGCUGGAGAUGAGAAAACCAAUGUGAGGAAAUCUGCUCUCCAGGUUUUGGUGAGCAUCCUGAAGCACAGGGUGAUCCCCUGCUCUGCAGAGGACCUGUCCACCCUCCAGGAGCGGUGCCGGGACCCCGCGGUGUCCGUGCGGAAACAGGCCCUGCAGUCCAUCACAGAGCUCCUCCUGUCUCAGCCCAGCAAUGUUCUAGUGCAGAAGGCCUGGUUAAAUGGAGUGGUGCCUGUUGUGAUGGAUGCAGAAAGCUCUGUCCAAGAAAAGGCCUUGGAGUGCCUUGAUCAGCUCUUGUUGCAACCUAUAAAAUCUUACCAUAAAUCCAGCAGUGAUGAUGGGAAGCAGGGGCUGGCGUGGGAUCUGCUCACCCUGUUGUCUUCAGAAAGCCAGGAGCUGAACCGUUACUUGAGCAAAGCUUUCCACAUAUGGUCCAAGCAGAACAAGUUCACCUCCACUUUCAUCAGUAACGUCCUGUCCCACGUGGAAACAGAACAUGCCAUGGCAGCUUGGAUGCUGCUUGCUAAGGUGGCAAGUUCUUCACCCAAGCUGGAUUAUUCCAAGAUCAUUGAGGCCUGGGACAGUGUCAGCAGGCAGCGGAACACGAGCGCUGGCACCGUCGGACACAUCCUGCGUGUCAUCGGGCACGUGGCACAGCACCUCCCAGACAGCAGCUGCCAGAGGCUGAUGGACAACAUCAAGUGCUGGCUGAAGGAGUCUCAGUGCCCCUUGGAGGUGAUCAGCCCUGCUGUGGAGACCCUGCAGAAGCUCUGCCAUGCAUGUGCAGAUGUGCCAGAGGAGGCUCAGGAGCUGCUCAACCAGGUGUGUGGAGAUUUAGUAUCCACCUGUGAGAGCUAUAUUUCGAAUAUAGUCCUCAAAGAGGAUGGAGCAGAGCAGCUGCAAGAAGGUCUCUUGGUGAGACACCUCUUCCUCCUGGGGGAGGCUGCCCAGCUGUGCCCAGCCAGAGUGGGCAAACGCAUCUUCCUUCUGGUUCAGUCCAUUCUGGCUUCUGUCAACGAGGACCAAUUGUCUAAUUCUCUGGACAGUGAGGAAAUCCCUGGUUCUCAGCCGCUGUCGCAGUUCAGAGGCUCGGCCAUGCCCCCCCUGGUCAGGGCUCACGCCUUCAUCACUCUGGGUAAGUUGUGUUUACAGCACGAGGAUCUGGCAAAGAAGUGCAUUGCAGCUCUGGCUCGGGAGCUGGAGGUGUCCCAGGACGUGGCUGUCCGGAAUAACGUUGUCAUCGUGAUGUGUGACCUGUGCAUCCGUUACACAUCCAUGGUGGACAGAUACAUCCCCAACAUUUCCUUGUGCCUGAAGGACCCAAAUCCCUUCAUCCGUAAGCAGACCCUGAUCCUGCUCACCAACCUCCUGCAGGAGGAGUUUGUGAAGUGGAAGGACUGUCUCUUCUUCCGUUUCGUCAGCGUCCUGGUGGAUCCAAACCCAGACCUCGCCAGGUUUGCAGAGUUCUGUCUGGUGCAUCUCUUACUGAAGAGGAACCCAGUGAUGUUCUCCCAACACUUCAUUGAGUGCAUCUUCCACUUCAACAGCUAUGAGAAACACGGGAAGUACAACAGGUUCCCCCAGGAUGCACGGGCGAAGAAUCUCUUCUCUCUGAAGGGGAAAGAUAACAGAGAAAAAAGGAUGCGAAUCUACACGUUCCUGCUGGAGCAUUUCACAGAUGAGCAGAGGUUCAGCAUUACAACCAAGAUCAGCCACAGCAUCCUAGCUUGCUUUGUGGAUGAGGUCCUUCCACUGGACAUGGAAGCCAGCGAGCUGCUCUCAGAUACAUUUGCAGUCCUCAGCUGCAAGGAAAUCAAGCUCUCAACUAUGAGAUCAAAACCCGAGGAAGACCUCGACCCUGAUGAAGAUGAGAUGGCAGUGGCCAAUGCUGUCGUACAGGUGGCACAGAAAAAGCUCAUCUCGCAGGUUCAAAAGAAGAAUUUCAUAGAAAACAUCAUCCCAGUAAUCACAUCACUGAAGUCUUUGAUGGAGCAGAAGAGGAUCCCAGCUCUUAAGGACCUGAUGAACUACCUACGGGAAAUGAUGCAGGAUUACCGAAACGAAAUCAAGGAGUUCUUUGCUGUGGACAAGCAGCUGGCAGCCGAGCUGGAGUAUGAUAUGAAGAAAUAUGAGGAGCAGCUGGCCAGGGAGAAGGAGUCAGACCACGAGCAGGUCCCGGCAGCGCAGGCAGAGGUUGUUGGUGCCGUUAACUCUCCAUCUCCAUCUUUGGAGAGAGCUGCAUCUCUUGGUGGCCAGAAUAAUAAUGCUCAGCCUCCUGCAAGUCGGAGAGAGUCCUCACCAGCUGGAUCAAUCCCUUCCUCUGUGCCUUCUGAGCUGGCUACACCUCGUGCUGGUGCUCUGAGGGAGCAGUUACUGGGUCGCAGGGCAGCAUCCCUGAGCACACUGGCCAUCCUGAACUCUGCCAGGAAGGCCAUAGAAGACAGGAGCAAGCAACGCAGCAGGAGUGUUGGGAGGAGUUUAUCAGCUGCCUCAAGCACAGCAGGCAGCAAGCAGGUGUCCUUUCAAAACCUGAACCAACAGUCCUCUGGAGACAAUGAGGCCAUGGCAGGCCGUGCCAUCAGCACCCCAGAGCAGACCAUUAAUGACUUGACUUUUGGGGCUGGGGUCAGUUGCAUCAGCUUGACGCACACACCCGAUUCAGCUCCAGAGAGCAAAGAGGAGGAGGAGGAGGAUAAGCCGACUGAUAUUAUCUGUUUGACAUCGCUGGAGAAACUCCCAUCCCGGCCUCGGGAGUGGAAAGUGGAAUCCCCAGCCAGGAGAAGGAGCAGCCAGCACGUCCCUCUGCGCCGCUCCCAGCGCAGAAACCCCCGGAAAGCAGAGAACUGAGCCUUUCACCGGGCCUGGGCACAGCAUCACCACCUGCCUGAAGCCUUCCCCUCUGCAAUUAUAAACUGGGAACACAUGUCCUUCCUUAUCUAUCUAUUCUUAGCUGGCUUUUCCACAGAACUGCCCAGAACAUGGGCAGACAAAGCCUGCAUUAGCACAUGUAUGGAUUGUAAGCUGCUGCUCCUGACACAGCUCACUGGAGGGCUGGAAAGCUGCAGCAUAAAGGGGGGUUUGCUCUUCACUCUCAGGAUGUAUAAUUUGUCCAUUUGAAAAAGUGAGGGCAGAGUGUUGCUGCAAUAAAAUGCACUUAUCACAGCUUGCUGGGCAGUGAGUGGCUGGGCUUAUUCACCCGGUCCCUCACGGUCCCUCUUGGUUAUAUAAUAGUUACUUUAAUUUGAUGAAAAGGUAAAACAGCUUGUCACUGCCACACCCCUAAAUCUGGUAAUUGCACGCUACAUCACCUCUUAUUUGUUGUGCAAACUCCUGUGUGUAUGAACAGCCUUAAUGUUCUUUUUCUAUGGAAUAUUUCCAUUCCUGAACUAUGUUAUUUCCAACUAUUAGCAUUUGAUGAAAAUAAAUGGUUACAGAAUUAA